AGAGCCGACAUAUACUAGUACUAGUCCACAACUCGAUGCUAACAGAGCGAAUAAUUCCAGCUGGAUUUUCUCUUACAAAAUGGAAACGUCGCUUAGAAACCACCAAAAUCCGGGCUUCGUGGGCGACGAUGGACGCAGUACGGCCAGCACAGUGGAGAUUUCGGCCAACAAUCCCGCCAUGCGCGAUAAUACCGAUGACCAGGAGGCGGCCAAAUUGCCCGAGGAGCGGGCCACCUGGGGCAAGGGCGUCGAGUUCCUGAUGUCCUGCAUCGCCAUGUCCGUUGGCCUGGGCAACGUGUGGCGGUUUCCCUUCACCGCCCUCGACAAUGGCGGCGGCGCCUUCCUCAUUCCAUAUCUCAUUGUCCUGUUCCUGAUUGGCAAACCGAUUUACUAUCUGGAAAUGGUAAUUGGCCAGUUUUCCAGUCGCGGCUCGGUGAAGGUGUUCGAUUUGUGUCCGGCCAUGAAAGGUGUUGGAGUCGGCCAGGUGAUAUCCAUAUCCAUGGUGACCACCUAUUAUGUGGCCAUAAUGGGCAUAACCCUGCGCUAUCUGUACGAUUCGUUCCGCAAUCCGCUGCCCUGGUCCGAGUGUCGCCCGGAAUGGCAGUCCUUCUGCGUGUCCUCCAGUCUGGGCAACACCUCCCAGCUGGGCAGCACCAGUCCAGUACCGGUGGACAUGGCUCAGCAGCAGCCCGUGGCAUCCGCCGAGCUGUACUUUCUUAAGGAAGUGCUGCACGAGACUCCGAAUAUCGAGCAUGGAAUUGGCCUGCCUAAUUGGGAGCUGGUCAUUGGACUUUUUGUCGCCUGGGCAUGUGUAUUUUUAAUUAUUCGACGCGGAGUGAAGAGUUCGGGAAAGGCAUCCUACUUUCUGGCCCUCUUUCCGUACGUCAUCAUGGGUGUCCUUUUGGUGAGAGCUGUGACACUGCCGGGAUCUCUAGAUGGCAUUUACUACUUUAUUAAGCCGCAAUGGGGCAAGAUCCUGGACCCAAAGGUCUGGUAUGCGGCUGUAACUCAGUGCUUUUACUCGCUGUCUGUGUGUUUUGGCAACAUCAUCAUGUACUCCUCGUUCAACAAGUUCGGACACAACGUGCAUAGGGAUGCAGCUAUUGUGACGGGUUUGGAUACCAUGACCUCACUGCUGGCGGGAUUCACGAUUUUCGGUAUCCUCGGACAUCUGGCCCACGAAAUCGGCACCGACGACAUUGGUUCGGUGGUGAAAGGUGGCGCCGGACUGGCCUUCAUCUCAUAUCCGGAUGCCAUUGCCAAGUUUAAGCAGCUGCCACAGAUCUCGGUGCUGUUCUUCCUCAUGCUCUUCGUUUUGGGCAUAGGAUCGAAUAUUGCCAUGACCUCCUGCUCGGUGACCGCCAUCCGGGAUCGAUUCCCAAACUUCAAGCAAUGGCAGUGCUCGCUGCUCAUAGCAGUUGUCAGCUUUUUGAUCGGCCUGAUGUACAUAACGCCGGGCGGCCAAUAUAUGCUGACUCUAGUGGACUUCUUUGGCGCCUCGAUGAUUGCUCUUGUGUUGGGAAUCGCCGAACUCUACACCAUUGGAUGGAUCUAUGGAACCGAUCGUCUGUGCAAGGACAUAGAGUUCAUGUUGGGUCGCAAAGUGGGCCUCUACUGGAGGCUCUGCUGGAGCGUCUUCACCCCACUGAUCAUGACUGUUAUUUUGAUCUAUUUCUACGCGACCUACGAACCCCUGACCUACAACAACAUCAUCUACCCAAAUUGGGCUUACAGCAUCGGAUGGUGUAUCACCGCCUUUGGCAUACUUCAACUGCCCAUUUGGAUGAUUGUGGCCAUUAUUCGAGAUCCAGGCCAAAGUGUGGGUGAGAAAAUCCGGGGCGCUUUCACGCCAAAGAAGAAUUGGGGACCCAUUGACCCACUGCUUCGAGAGCAGUACAACAAGGAAAUCGAAAACGAAUUGACCCCUAAACGUGGCCAGGGUAUUUGGGCUGCCAUCAAGCAAAACAUAUUUGGUUGAUCCAUUUUAAAUGGGUAACACUAACAGCAAACGCCCUUGUAAAUAAUCAGUUGUAGUUUAAGUCAAAUGAAUUUAAAAGAUCUUGUAUAAUCGUUAAGUCUGCCAAUAAACUUGAUAAGUAUGUGUCAAAA